AUGUUUACCCCACAAAUCUUCUGCGAAGAGAAGAGCCAACACCGUGGCAAACUCGUAGAGAACCUCUUACAAUACAGUCAAGCACCUCCUUUGGAACAGUCGAAACCAUAUAUGGAAACUAUAAAAAGCCUAGGAAUGCCUGACGACCUCUUUGAAGCCCUUACCCAAUUGAAGACAACAUCAACAAAAUCAUUUAAUUUCUCAAACACACUGACAUGUACAACUUCAUCUAGAAAAACCAUUAUAUGCAACCAUAUAUGUAGCAUUAGUAUUUGA